AGAGAGAAAUGUGUGGAUACAUUUCCCUCAUUUUCCUUUGGACAUCCCUCCUUCUGUCUUUACCCUGUGGUUGUAAUGGCGAUAAGAUCCUGGUUUUCCCCGUUGAUGGCAGUCACUGGGUGAACAUGGAGGUGCUGGUGAAGAAGCUGCACUCUCAUGGACACGAGCUGAGUGUGAUUCGCCUGACGGACAGCUGGUUCAUCCAGGAGAAUUCACCUUACUACACCUCCAUUACGGUGAUGCUUAAACAGAAAUACAUAGGCCUGGACCUGUUUGAGAGCGCAGUACAACGGAUUCUUGAGGCCCGCAGGAAGGGCCCAGUGAUGGGUGUGCUGGCCCAGAUGUCAGAAGUGAUUGGCAUCAUAAAGGUGGCUCACACUGCAAACUGUGCCAUGCUCACCACCAUGCUGGAGAACAAAGAUCUGAUGACACAAAUAAAGAUGGAGAACUAUGACUUGAUGCUCACUGACCCUGCCAUGCCAGGUGGGGUCAUCCUGGCACAUUACCUCCAACUUCCAAUGGUCUAUAACAUCUGUUGGAUGAGUUUCGGAGAAGGCCACUUCUCCAUCGCAUCUUCUCCCAUAUCCUACGUGCCUGUUCCCGGCUCAGUUCUGACGGACCAAAUGGGUUUGUUAGAAAGAACCCGUAAUCUUCUACAUUAUGGGUUGAACCUCAUUCAAGAGCGCUGGCUGGUGAUUCCCAUGUAUUCUAGCUUGUUGCUCAAAUACUUCCCUCCCGGUGCCGACCUCCUAGUCAUGCAACAAUCAGCGGAGCUGUGGCUUGUCCGCGUAGACUUCGUGUUUGAGUUCCCACGACCCUCCAUGCCAAACCUCGUCUACAUUGGCGGCUUCCAGUGUCGUCCAGCCAAGCCUCUCCCUGCAGAGCUGGAGGAGUUCAUGCAGAGCUCAGGAGAACAUGGGGUGGUCGUGAUGUCUCUGGGAACUCUGAUUGCAGGAUUGCCCCGAGAAGUCAUGGAGGCCAUUGCCACAGCUUUCGCCCGCAUGCCGCAGAAGGUGAUCUGGAGGUUUAUUGGCGAGAGACCUUCAUCAUUGGGCAAUAACACCCUACUGCUUCAAUGGAUACCUCAGAAUGACUUGCUGGGCCAUCCGAAGACCUGUGCUUUCGUGGCUCAUGGGGGCACCAAUGGUCUAUACGAAGCCAUCUAUCAUGGGGUGCCAGUGUUGGGACUCCCUUUGCUAUUUGACCAGCUAGAUAACAUUGUACGUCUUCAGGCAAGAGGGGCGGCACGGAUGCUGGAUGCAGCUACUUGCACCACAGAAGAGUUCCUUGAAGCUUUGAGAGAUAUCUUAGAGAACCCAACGUAUCGUCAUAACAUGCAGAAGCUCUCCAGUUUACAUCGAGACCGGCCUUUGCAUCCUCUCGACAAAGCAGUGUACUGGAUCGAGUUUGUCCUGCACAAUAAAGGGGCACACCAUCUGCGUGCUGAGGCUUACAACAUGUCCACGUACUCCUACUACUGUCUAGAUGUGGCUGCAUUGGUUCUCCUUAUACUUCUGCUGACUCUGGGAGGUGUCUACACAAUAUGGAUACGAAGACGGAAAAGAGGGACAAACAAGGCAGUGAGAGACGGCAACAAAAAAGCUGUAAAGGACGGCAGUAAGAGGCUGAAAGAGACAAUUAAUGCUCUGAAAGACUGCAACAAUAUUCCCAUUUCAAAAUUAAGAGCAAGCAAAAGAACUUAGUGAAUAGGUAAAGAAUCC